GAUCUGAGUGUUGGGUCGCUGAGCAUUCAGGCCCCCCCCCACCCCACCCCAUCUUCUUCUCUUCUUCCUCCCUCUCUCACUCUCUCACUCCCUCCUCUCUCCCGGUUCACCUUGUCUGUUCCGGCUGUAUGGUUUAUUGUUGCGUCAGAGCCAAAGAGAGCCAGCGAGAAGCAUGCCGGGGGAGAGCACUCACAGAUCUGUCCCCGCCGACAAGCACCCAGAGCCGGGGGCAGAGGAGACGGGGCUCCCUGGACCAGACAUGACAAGACACCCAUCUACUGACUCCACCCCUAGUGACAGUGGCUCCUCCCCAAGUGACAGUGGUUCUAGCCCUUCUCCCAGUACUCCUCAGAAGCUUCUCCCAGCAUGCACCUCUCCAUUUGGACCCCGGAUAUUUCAUGCCACGCCUAGCUCCUCUGGUACUCCAAGACCUCAGCCUGAAGGCUCUGACCAUCGCAACAACACACCCAGAUUGUCUGGAAAGUUAGGUGGCCAUGGACCAUGUGGCCGCCAUGUCCCUGUUAAGAUGGAAAGAAUCAAGGUACUGACUGGUUCUGAGGUGGAGAGUGACUACCAAGAGCCACAGACUAUUGACACAAGGGUGGUGAUGGGUCAGGAGACACUGCUCAAAACAACAGAGAUCCAGAAGGGGAAACCCCUGGUUGGGCCAAAUGAUCAGGCUAUCCCUUUGCCAGCUAUCCCAAGCUUUUCAGAUCCUCAGACACAAGCAAAAGAGACCCGACUGGAAACCAACAAAGAGGAAAGCCAAAUUCAUAGUCCCCAAAAGCCGCAGGACCAACAAAAAGACCCUUUGCAGCCCCCAACCAUACUCCCUUCUCCUUUUCACAACCCCCUUUGUCCGUCCUCAUUAUCCCCAGAGCCAAUCACAGCAGAUGACAAUUUGAUAGACAACAAGGAAGAGAGUCAAACCCUCUCUCAAGACGAAGUGCCUUCCCUCUCUUUUUCUGAGCUGGCCUGUCCAGUUGCUUUGUCCUUCUCUGAACCUGCCUAUACCGUUGACCCACUACGUGUGGGUGUGCCCUCAUCCCUUGACCCUGAUCUGUACUAUACUGCCCCUUCCACCCCAAUCAAGAUGGCUUCCCGCACUUCACACCUUAAACAUCAUUCAUAUCCUGGCUCUCCAGCCUGCCCACUCUCCCCUGGCUCUCCCUCAGACAGCGAGGACCUCUGCUCCCCUCUCACCUCACCCUCUGGCUCUUACAUCACAGCAGAGGGAGGCAGCUGGACCUCCUCUUACACGUCUUCCACUUCCCCCUCCACUUCUCCCAACUUGCUUCUCACUGAAGAAGCACAGGAGGCCCCUGCUUGCUUUGUGGGCUCCUUAUCAGAAAUUGGAGAUGAAGUUGGGGAGGAAAAGGGACGAGCAGGUCCAGAACGGGAGGAGGAAAGAGCAGGGGACUUCUGCUUGUACCGUCCUGAGGAGUUUGUCAUGAAUUCACGAACAGGUAUAACAGGGACAGUGAUCCUGGAGGAGGAUGAGGCUCUAAAAGGGGAAGAGAUCAAGAUUUCCAGAGAAAGUUGUCGUCCUUGCUGGGUGACUGAGGAUACUUCCCCUCUGAGAAGCAGUAGCAGCCACAGCAGUGACUCCCAGGAGGAUGGUGGAGAGUCUGAAAGCUCACUUUGCCCGCUGGAAGAAGCCAUUGCAGGGCGAGCAGAGUACUCUAGACCCAUGCAGACAAGCCUGAAACUGCAACUGGAGGCAUGUAUAUCCCAGGAAAAUUAUGGACAAAUGGAUGACGAUUCAGAACUACCCUCCACUGCCUUGACUCCCGAUACAGAAAACAUGACCAUGGCCUCAUCUAGUCUUAGCCCUGACUCGCCUGUCAUCCCCCUUGAUGCUUUCUGUCCUGGAGCCUUUGGUAGGCUUGGUCCCAGUUCUUUCAUGUUCUCCCAGGCAGCUUGUGGGGAUGAUAUACCAGAGGAGGAAAGGAUGAUCCCUGCCUCCCUAAUCUCCUUCCCCCUUCACACCAGUCUUAUCUUUAAGGCUGAUUCAAUGGAAAUUACCCUCUUCCCAACAGAGGAAGAGAAUGAAAUAGAAGUUAAUGACAGAAAUGAAGGAAAGGAUGUUAAUGCCUAUGCAGCAGGAGAGGAGGAGGCAGAUGUUGAAGAUGAUGAUGAUGAUGAUGAUGAUGAAGAUGAUGAUGAUGAUGAUUACGAUUAUGAUGAUGAUGAUGAUUGCGAUACUAAUGGUGCUGCUGAUGGUGAUGAUGAAAAUAAUGAUGAUGUCAGUGACAACCAUGAUGAGGCAGGUGAGGAAGCUAAGGUGGAGGUGAAAGUGGUAGAAGAGGAGGAAGAGGAGGAGGAAGAUGAGAAAGAGCAGGAAGACGAUGAUGAGGAGUGUGUUAUCAAAGCAGUGCAGGAUCCUACAGAGGAGGACAGCUCAGCAUCCUUCCUUCAUUCACUUUCAGAGACAUCUAUCAAUGAUGGGUUGGACGAAUCCUUCUGUUUCCAAGACGAUACAGAUGACUCAUUAGAUUCGGCCUCCUAUAAUGGGGAGGAAGAAGAAGGUUUAUACGGCACUGAGAGACAUGCACAAUCACUAGAACCAGUGGAUGUACCUCAUCCAACUGAAAUCCAACCAGAACGUGAACACGGGUCUAUAACUGAAACAGGUCAAACUGAACCUUUGCCCAUGCAACUGAGCACAGACACUCUAGUAGAUCAUCCCCUAACCACCUGUCUUUCUGAAGCAAUUGUUGCCCACCCCGAAGGCGACAUUACAGAAACCAAACCUGCGGAUGGCACUAAACCCACUGAACCACAGUUUGAUCCUGAACAGGAAUCUACCAGUGAAAUUCAUCAGACAAAACCAUUUCACAUGCAAGAGACCACAGAUGAACCAGUUGAUCAGGAGAAACCAUGCAGUAGUUCAGAAGCAAUUUCUCCUCAACCAGAAUCCUCCAGCAACCUGGAUGAGAGUGGGGUUGAGAGUGAGAUGAUGGAUAUCUCUGGUUCUUCCACCCCUCUUGAGCAGCCUAAAGACAGCCCUCAAUUUAACCCUUCCCCCACUGCUGUUGUCAUUCAUGCUCCAUCUGACCCUACUGCCAAUUUCCACAUCUCUGACACUCCCAUGCAGGAGUCUACCGACCUUAACAGUUCAGUUCCUGUGGAAGAGAUGGCUGAGAAAAAUCCGCAGAUGACAGAUACCAUGUUGAAGGAGAGUGAUGAUUGUUCUGGGAAAGAUCCCACAGAAGAACCAGAAAGAGACUCUUUCAAAUUGCUCAUUAAGCCUCGUCAUUAUCAGCCAGAAAGCCAGAAGGCAGUCGGAGCAAGUCGUCUUGCAUUAUCAAAGUCAUUUGCCAAUAAAGCUGAUGUUCCUGGAGGGGCAGAGGCCAUGUGUAGGUCCAGUGUGCACAGGGAGUCUGAAAUCGAUCUUGACCAGAAGAAUGGCAAUGCCUCAGCUGACCCUGUGAGUGUGGAAAGCAGAAGCAUUGAUUCUGCUCCUUCUCUGAAUAUGGCCACUGCUACCAAUGACUUGAAUAAAGGUGUUCUUCUUCUCUCCUGUCCUAAAGACCCAAAUCCCAACCCCAGUAAUAUCCCUCUUUCUGCCUCUCCAGAGAUCAUCUCAGAACUUGCUGACAAUCUUGCCCUGACCCCUGAACACUGCCCCAGUGACUCUGCUCAGGACAACCUGAGGGAAAACACCCUGAGUACUGACGAGGGGAUACUGGGAGCAGUUGGAUCCCCUCACUCCCCCCUCGCCAUCUCACCCAAAAGGGAAAACUCAGAAACAGACACAAGCAGAGGAAUGGGCCCUGGAGCUGAGGCAUGGCGUGACGACAGAAUGGGGCUGGGGUUCGGUCCAGGAUUAGGAUCAGGUGCUCAGGAGUUUGGUGUCUGGGGAGCAGGGGAAUCUCUCUCUCUGUCUCUGGGGAAGAAAUAUGAGUUAGAUGCAGAGAGUCUACUCAUGUGUGAUGCAGAGGGCCAAAGCACACAGACAGCCAUGGUUCCUAACAUAAACAGUGAAGUGUGCAGAAAUUAUGACAAUGUUCUAGGUUCUGUUUUGGAUGAGGAAGAUAACAACAAUCUGUGUGGAAAAAAGGACCAGAUGGCAGGUGAAGAGUUGGUGGGAGAGGGAGCCACUGAGUCCAACUUGGCCCGUUGGAAGUCCAUCGAGGAGAUCUCAGAAGCAGGAGGAGGAGAGGAUGGAAGCUCCAGAUUUCCAGAGGAUGAUGUCAGUAAUCUAAAUCCAGACAAUGAUGGAGAUAACACAGACAGACAAAUGCAAGAUACUUGGGGAAAUUCUAACAAUAACAAUGACUCUGCCUUUGACUCACUGGAAGUGUGUGGAAAUUUGAAUGCUCUUUCAGAGGAAGUAAGACCUCAAAGUGUGAAUUUCAGUGUUAGAGAGUCUGUGUCCAAUAUUCCACUCGAAGAGUUGCCACCUCAGGUUCCUGAUACAAAUCCUGAUGAAGAACCAACAGACAGCUCCACAAACCAGACAUCGGACACAGCACAAUCGUCAAAAGAAACUGUCUGUAGCGUCUCAGUUUCAUUGGCUGAAACUCAAGUGGACAAAGCUGUAACAAAUCAACAUCCCAGAUCACCAGAUCAAACCAAGUCAAGAUGUCAUACUAGUCUAGAGAGUCAGGCAGUCACUCCAGAGAGUAAUAAUGCAUUGUCUUUGCUACAUGGAUCCUUUGGUUCCUUUACUCCAAAAUGUAAAUCUAAUGGAUCCAGACCCAGUAGAGCGUGUCAAGACAAGAUGGAAAAUGUUGGUUUACAUUCAGAACUAGAGAUGGUGGAGCCUCAGACUGAAGGCCAAAGAAAAAGGGACGUCAGUCCUGUGACUGACAGACUUGUUGAUGAACCAAAGAGUAAAGAUGCCUUUAGAGGAGAGCAGUGUGUUGUUUGUAACUCAGGGGAAGAAGAUGAAGAACAAAAGGCAGGAAAGAAAGCAACAGAGAGAUGUGAAAAGAAAGAUAACAAGAACAACAAAGAAAUAAAAACGUCUCCUGCACAGAAUAUUUCAGAGCACUUUUCGUGUUAUACACCUAAAGGGGAACUUUCCACAGAUAUACCAAUUGCUGCUAAGAAGGGUAGGAGAGGGAAGCAGAACAAACACAGGGCAUCCCAGAUAGGCUGCCAUGCUGACUCCAGCCCUGAAUCUGUUGAUGAUCGAAAGAAACCUUCUGUUCCAUUAAAUACUACAACAGAUGGAUGGUCAAGGGGUGGAACAGACAAUUCUAAAACUAAGACAGGCCAAAAGGCAAACAACAAAGCUUCAUCAUCGGACUGUCAGCAGACGACAUCUGGGAUGGACAAAACUAAAUCUGUUUCACAGAUGCAAGGGGAUUACAGUACUAGCCCUGAUGUCAAAAGUCCAAACAAAGGACACUGCAAUUCUACCAGUCAUACUGCAGACAACCUCAACGUUGUGGUGGCAAUGAACCAAGAACUAGAUCAGAAACAGGAAGUGCUUGAUAACAGACCACUGUCUGAUAGUCUGAGAGAAAUCACAGUGGACAUUAAUGACAACAACAUAGUUACUGGCCACAACCCACCUAACCAGGAAAUCAUAUCUUACUCUGCAACUCCACUUUCUACAUCUCCUGAUUCCUCAUCAUCCACUCUGCCUGCCUCCACAGAGCCAGAGGAUGAUCUUCCCACACCUGUGCAGGAAUCCCAACCUGUUGUCUUAGAUGAACAACAGUCUUCACUACCCAUCUGCCACACCACCCCUACACUUUCCCCUACCUCCAUGACAACACAGCAAACCCUUGAUUCGCAAUUUCUUCCAAACAGCAGCCUCCAAGAGGUUGCUCCUGUCCUUUCUACAUCAACCACAUCUGCCACAAGUGUCUCUUUGCCCUCAUUUUCCACUGCCUCGACAUUGAGCCUGUCCCAGCCCACCCAGGAGUCAUCUUCACCUGGGUCUGGGACUCUAGAUUCAACACGUGUACCAGACUCUAUUUCCCGUCCCCAAUCGCAGUCCUAUUCACAGUCUCAGCCGGAUCUUAACAUCCAGCCUCACAAACAAAUCAAGCAAGGUCGCCCAUGGAGCACACAAGACAGGUGCAGAGGUCCCAUUUUGGCUGAGGAGGAGACAGACAGUGAGGAUGAUGGACUGCCUCAACGUGGUCACAGAUCCCAACCCAGAGGAGUUGCAGGAAGCAGAAAUGGAUCUAUACACAAAGAGUCUAGUCCAUCCAGUCAACGGGAAAUACAGCCUUUCUCUUCCCACCAAAUCUCAGACAGACAGACAGGCUGUCCAAUCAACCACAGCCACAAGAUUUCUGAAGAGACUGACCUGUCCUUUAAGAACAAUUGUUCAAUAUUGGCUUCCUGUAAUGAGUCUGAGAGUGAGGGGUCAGUGCCUGAGCUUGAGGAGUCUGAACCAUUGAGACCAUCAGAGCACCAGUCCAUCUCCUCUGCAGAUGAGGGGCUAAACAGACCAAAACAGAGCCGCAGCGAGAAGAAGGCCCGCAAGGCCAUGUCUAAAUUGGGUUUGAAGCCGGUCCAUGGUGUGACCAGAAUCACCAUUAGGAAGUCCAAGAGUAUCCUGUUUGUCAUCAGCAGACCAGAUGUGUUCAAAAGCCCUGCGUCAGACAUAUACAUUGUAUUUGGAGAGGCAAAGAUUGAGGACCUGUCUCAGCAGGCUCACAAAGCAGCUGCAGAGAAAUUCAAGGUGCCUGUGACCUCCUCUCCCUUGGCCCCACCAGUCCCACCCAGCCUCACCAUCAAGGAGGAGAGUGAAGAGGAGGAGGAAGAGGUGGACGAGGGAGGUCUCGAGCAGCGGGACAUCGAGCUAGUGAUGGCUCAGGCCAACGUGUCACGAGCCAAGGCCGUCCGUGCACUGAAACACAACAAGAAUGACAUUGUGAAUGCUAUCAUGGAGCUGACCAUGUGAGUGGUGAGGAUGAUUGGACUCCUGACCCCCUCCUCCAGCCUAUAAAGCCUAAACGCCACUGACUCUUCUGUAUCGCUGCUACUGUAUGUUGCAUCCCCAAUAUCUGCUAAAUAAAGUCUGUUCCAACGUGG